GGAGAAUUUGUGUGCAACAAGCCCAUGGGCCGGGGCGUCUACACCUGGCCAGAUGGCAACAGUUAUGAAGGAGAAGUCUACAGCGGCAUACGACAUGGGAGUGGAACCUACAAAUGCACAAAAAACUAUCUGUCCUACAAAGGGCAGUGGUAUCAGGGCGAGAGACAUGGAAAGGGUACAGUGUAUUACAAUGAGGAUAAGACCUCUUGGUACAAAGGAGAGUGGAUGAAGAACAACAGAGAAGGAUGGGGAGUGAGAUGCUACCCCUCUGGUAACAUUUACUCUGGUGAGUGGAAGAACAACAUGAGACAUGGAGAGGGAACGAUGAAGUGGCUGAAACAAGGACAGGAAUAUGUCGGAACAUGGCAGGAUGGAGUCCAGCAUGGCCGAGGCACACAUGUCUGGAUCCUGAGGCGAGUGGACGGAUCCCAGUAUUUCCAGAGCAAUCAUUACAAGGGCGAUUUUGUACAGGGCCAGAGGCACGGACAGGGAACCUUUCACUAUGCUAGUGGUGCGGUCUACGAAGGAGAAUGGAGGAACAAUAAGAAACACGGGCAGGGCAAAUUCACUUUCACGGAUGGGCGUGUAUUUGAAGGAGAGUUUGUGGAUGAUCAGAUGAUGACACCCAGCCUGAGAGCUCCUACUCCUCUUGGUGCUUUCCCACUGUCAGACAGUGACUCUGUACUAGGACCAGACAUGGCUCUGAACAUUGAAUGUCUUCUGGAGAAAGUCCCUGAAAGAAAGCGUGACACUGAGCGCAAACAGGUGGAGUUUGUGGUGCUGAGGCAAGACAUACAGCUGAGGUCUAUCUACAGCUUCUACAGCAGACUUGGCUGUGUCUGCUCCCCGGAUAACACCUUCCUGCUGUCCCGCCUGCAGCUCUGGCGCCUGCUCAAAGACUGUAACAUCCACCACCACGGCAUUACUCUGACACAGAUAGACCAUGUCAUCAGAGAUGAUGCCAGUUCAGCCGAGAUUCACUCUCCUUUCACUCCCAUUCUUCUUUGGAAGCUCCUCAGAUGUCUAGUGAUCACGGCCUACCACAUCUACAAUAAAGACAUGAUGUCACAAAAGAACCUUCUGGCUUCCUGCUUAUCCAAAAUGAUGACAGAUGACAUCCUUCCCAAUGCAAAGAAUGUAAAAGGCUUUUUGUUUAGGCAGCCAGACCUUGCCGUGGUGGCUAUGAAGUAUGUGAAGAGGUGCUGGGAGGUCUACCAGGCUUACUGCAGGGUCAGCACAGCCUCCAAAGAUGACCUGACCAUGACCUGCCGACACCUGCUGUGGAUGUUCAAGGAUCUCCAACUGCUGGACCAUAAGCUGACCACAGUGAAGUUAAUGGACAUCAUCACUGCAGAGAGCUGCGACCCCAGCAACCGGUCCUCCUGUCUAGAUCUGCAGAUUACAUUCCUGGAGUUUUUUGAGGUACUUCUAGGCUGUGCAGAAGUGAAAUGUCAGCAGACUUCUGAGGUUCUGGAGGAGGGCAGGAGACCCCUGUCAGGGUGUGACUCUGAGGCCAGGAGGGAUGUACCUGAGGGGGAGGCCAGCGAGGAGAUGAUGCAGACCAUAAACAGUCCUUCUCUAUCGUCAGAGGAUUUCACUGCUCAGGAUGUGGAGAGUGGAGAUAUCAAGACAAACAUCAAUGAGACACCUUCGUCUGCAGAGCACAGAGAAGAGCGUAGUGAAGGAAACGAUGUGCAAACCAGUGUAAUGGAGACCAAAGACCAUAAAGUAGAGCUCAGGACCCAGGCGGUUCAUCAGUUCUUUAACCACAUCUUCUUCCCAGCGUUUGACCAUCACCAGUUAGUGACCAGAAACACUGAGGAGAAACUCCGCCAGGAUGCCCUGAGACACAACACUCUGGCCUAACAAAGAGCCAGAGAAAAAGGGCAAUAGAAGAAAGUUGAA